AUGAUGGCUUCUGUUUAUACUUCAAAUAAAACAAUCAGAGUUUGUCCUUUCCUCAAUGGAGAUGUUGAAAACCCAGAAGCCAGAGCUAAUAACUCAUGGAUUAGUCCCAAUCUGCCUAGCAGAUGCACUUGGAAACCAGGAAAAUCCAUCUCAGAGUCACCUCAUCGCUAUAUGCCUCAGCAAAAAGAACCAAAGAUUUUGUCAAAUGUCUUAGAGAAAAUUGGACACACUCCUCUGAUCCGUGUCAACAAGAUUUCAAAAGCUUAUGGUCUCAAGUGUGAACUUUUGGCCAAGUGUGAAUACUUCAAUGCUGGAGGGAGUGUAAAAGAUCGAAUCACUUUAAGGAUGAUAGAGGAUGCAGAAAAAGCUGGUAUCAUAAAACCAGGAGAUACACUCAUUGAACCUACAUCAGGAAAUACAGGAAUUGGAUUGGCUCUCGUAGCUGCAAUGAAGGGUUAUCGCUGUGUCAUUGUCAUGCCAGAGAAAAUGAGUAUGGAAAAGGUUGAUGUUCUGAGAGCACUUGGGGCUGAAAUAAUAAGAACUCCCUGCGCCAAGUUUGAUGAUCCAGAAUCCAACGUUCGUGUUGCUUGGAAACUGAAAAAUGAAAUUCCAAACUCACAUAUUUUGGAUCAGUAUCGAAAUGCAAGUAAUCCAUUGGCACACUAUGAUACCACAGCUGAAGAGAUCUUGGAGCAGUGUGAUG